GGCGGACGGCGGGCCUGUCGGCACACGCCUCCUCGGUGUGUGUGCGGGGGUCAUGUCAUGUGCCGACUUGAAAGUGAGGGCAGGAAAUAAAGCGCGCUGCUCCGGGCGGUGACGCACCGCGCGUCUUCGGGGAAGUGAGUCCGACCUCCCGCCUGCGUUGUCCGAAGUGACCCGCCAAGCAAGACACGAGGGAACGAGUUCUCCUGGGUCGCUCGUCGGCCCACCUGCAGCGGGACCCGGUCAGGGAGGAUGGAGGGCACGACGCGCUGAGGCCCGGCCCGUUCGCACCGCAGGCGGAGUCUCCACCGGACCGAAGAGGAAGAGGAGAAGGAGCCGCGGCACUUAUCAAUGUUUUGAAAUCUCCCUUUAACCCAAGCCCUGCCUAAUGAUGGCCCAAUGGCAACACAUGUCCCAACUGAUCCAGCGCCUGUCUGAUGAAACUAUCAACAACCUCUAUCCCCCAACCGCCUUCCCCAUCGAAGUCAGACAUUUUCUCGCUGACUGGAUUGAGACACAAAGAUGGGACGACUUUGUGCUGGACCAGGUGGAGCAGGAGGGCCAGGCUCGAGCUCUGUUGGACCAGAUCAUCAGCAUGCUGCAGUCGAUCGCGCAGCAGAAUGUUAACGUGGUGGUCAAGAUGAAGCUGAUGCAGAUCAGCAGGACCAUGACUGUGUUUCAACAGCAGACUCUUCAGUUUGCAGUGAUGGUCAGAGACAUCCUUAGGAAGGAGAGGGUUCUUCUCAACACGCACACUCAGAUCCCGAACCCUCCACAGUUCCAACAGUAUGAGAGUAGAGAGUCGUCGUUCCCCAACAUGCAGGAUGUAGAUCACCUGGUUCUGAAGGUGCUGGAGGUCCAGGACAUCCGACAAAAGAUGCACCAGCUGCAAGAAGAGCUCAACUGGGAGAGACAGAACUAUGAGGGUUUACAAGGGCCAAUCCAACAGAAUGGACUGGAUCCCACACAAUCAGAAAUUCAGAAACUCCAGAACCACAUCCAGCAGCUGGAGUACAAAGUGAACGCAAUGGCCACGAAGCGUUUCCAGUUUCUACAGGAGUGUGUGGACUGUCUGGACCAGUGUCAGAUCCGACUGAUCAGCAGGCUGAAGACCUGGAGGUGGGAGCAGCACAAGGCCGCCAUUGGACAUCCCUUUGACGAAAACCUCAACCCCCUGCAGACCUGGUGUGAGCAGCUGCUCGGGGUGAACGGGAAGCUGAGACAGGAGUUGAUGCUGAUAGUGGAACCGAUCCCAGAUCUCCAGGAAAGGCUGAGGCAACUUCUCCAGGUUCUGAUUCAAAGCUCUCUUGUAGUGGACAAGCAGCCCCCUCAGGUCAUCAAGACUCAGUCAAAGUUCUCCACCACUGUGCGAUAUCUCCUGGGGGAGAAAAUAGCUCCCGGGAAGCCUGUGGUGCUGAAGGCGCAGAUCAUUAAUGAACUGCAGGCCAGGAAUCUUGGCAGUGUACCCGGUGAUAAUGUUGGGGAGCUGAUCAACAAUACAGCCAUCCUAGAACACAACACAUCCAGCAAGAGCACAUGUGCCACUUUUAGGAAUAUGUCUAUCAAGAAGAUCAAGAGAGCCGAUAGAAAGGGAUCCGAGUCUGUGACAGAGGAGAAAUUUGCUCUCCUGUUUUCAGCAGAAAUCACCAUCACAGGAUGUGACACUCCAUACAGGAUACAGAUGAUCUCACUCCCGGUGGUUGUCAUUGUCCAUGGAAGUCAAGACAACAACGCUCUGGCCACCAUCAUGUGGGACUGUGCUUUUUCUGAACCAGACAGAGUGCCGUUCGUGGUGCCGGAGCGUGUGCCCUGGAGGAUGAUGUACAGCACUCUCAACAGUAAAUUCAUUGCUGAGGUCCAGACACAGCACAACCUGGACCACUACAACCAGCACUUCUUGGCCCAGAAGAUUUUUGACAAGCCCGACUUUGCUGACGACUUCAGCAACAUGAUGGUUUCCUGGGCCCAGUUUAACAAGGAGGUUCUCCCAGGUCGCCCGUUCACUUUCUGGCAGUGGUUUGAGGGAGUAAUGGAGCUGACCAAGAAGCACCUGAAAAUCUACUGGAGUGAAGGGCUGAUAUUUGGUUUCAUUGGGAAGCAGCAUCUACACCUGAUUCUCAAAGACAGGCCCAACGGGACGUUCUUACUUCGCUUUAGUGACUCUGAGAUUGGAGGCAUCACCAUCGCUUAUGUAUCUGCAACUGAGAAUGGGGGCCAGAAAAUCCAGAAUAUCCAGCCCUUCACCAAGAGAGAUCUUGAGAUCCGUAGCCUUGGUGACCGCAUCCGGGACAUCAAUCACAUAACGCUCCUGUAUCCUGAAUUUCCUAAGAAUGAAGUUUUCCAAAAAUUCUACUCAGAGCCUCAAGCGUCGCCCACUGGGGGUUACAUCCCUGUGUCACUGCAUACUAAAGUGGGCAUGGAAGCUGACUCAGCCAUGGCCCCACCUCCUAUUGUGUCACCUAUGUCUGAUAAGCCCCACAGUUCUGUUGCCUUCGCUGUGCAUCGGUUCCCGCAGUCAUUCAGCCCGCAGGAGUCCAUCCCUCAAGAAAUAAUGGAAACGGCAGGAGAUCCUGAUGUGGAGUUCAGCGCAAACUCUCCGGUUAUCUUCCCAGAACACAUUCCCACAGGUAACAAUAUGGAGCUAGAUUUGGAAAGUAUUCUCCAGACACUGAAUAAUUAGGAAGACUUCCCAUCAAAGCUUUUUUGGGAGUUCAAAGCAGACGUGGAAUGGAGACCAGAGUCAAACUCAUCUGUCCUGCCAUCAUGUGAGGAAAAAGUGCCAGUGUUCGUGAUGUGUGAUGUUCGUAUGUGGUUUACUUUACAGAUUACAGUGCUUUUCCAACAAUGACCAAUCAUAUGUGAUAGAUGCAGACAGUGUGAUGCUCAUGGAAGGGUAAAGGUAAAAGGACAUCGGUACUCAGUUGACAGUAAACUUGUGGAGAUUAUAUUUUUUUAGGCUAUGGUACAAAUCACAUGUUGUCCUUUGGGGUUGUGGAGAUAUUUGUAGUCACGAUGAGGCAGGCAUGUUUGAAUGACAGUUCCCCUACUGUACAUAACUCUUCUUGCUAUUGAUAAGCUUUGGUAAGCCUAUGCAAUGUUAUAAACUCAUUAAAAGGAACAAUAAGUGUUUCCAUCACUGACGUUUACGAUGGAAAUAGUGAUGAUAAUGGUGAUGGGCAAUGCUUAUAGUGUAUAUUAUAUUAGACAUAAGACUUUAUUAACUCCCAGCAAUCAAGCUUAAAUGUUACAUAAAAUAUGCUUCAUUCGAUUUUUGAUUUCUCCUGGUUGUGCUGCAACUUAUACCUGCCUUCAGUCUUUGGUGUGAAAAUCUGAUAAAAACAAUGCAUGUUAAGGAUCAAAAGAGAUCCUCCAAAUCCUCCAUCCUUUAAAUAUUCUCAUAUCUCAAAUGAGAUUUGUUUCUUUUGUAACUAAAUCAGUGUAUUAUUG